AUGCCCCCCCGAAGAAAUCUCAAGCGCCACAACGAGGACGACGCUCGCAGACCCAACAAGCGCGCCGGCAAGAACAAGCGCAACCCCACCUAUGAUACCUAUGACGAGGCUUUGGAUGGUGGCGUAGAACAGGAGGAGAAGGGCGAGCGCUAUCGAGACGGUGAGAAAUCUCAAAGAUUCUAUGAAAGAGCCAUCGAGCUGUACACCAAGGCCGCAGAGUUACAAGAGACCUAUGAUGCCGUGUACAACAGGGCUCGAGCUCUGUACACACUCGCUACCGACUUUUUCCUUCCACCUUCGUCCCUGCCUCUCUUCCGCGAGUCCAUCACUCUCUAUCAGAAAGCGAACGAUCUCACCAACUCCCCUCUUCUACGAAUGGACGUCGCAUUCAACCUUUCCCAAGCGUUUUCCACGCUUGCAGAUGUAUUGGAAGACCUCCAGACCGACGACGAUACGGACAAGGACGAAGUCGUGAGGAAGCUGAGGUGUGACGCUAGAGAUACUCUAGCAGAAGUCAUGGACGGCCAAGAAGCCUUCCUCAGGACUGUGACCAUGCAGGAGGGCGGAGAAACCGAUGAAGCCUCAGAGGAGGCCACUGAAGAGCUUGAGGGUUGUGCCGAGGGCAAGGGCAUGGAGGUGGACGCAGGAUCGAAGGAGGACGAGGAGGGUGAAAACUCAGCCACCUUUGAAACGCAUCUCCCCACUCCCUCCACGUUUAUCGAUACCGUCGUGACUCUCAUGGACAUCCAUCUCACCCUUUGGGAGUCCGUGCCUACUCCUCAACCUCCGACCGAGGACGAGCAAAUCGCCGUCCGAGUCAUUCUUGACCGCGCAGCAGCUAUUGCUCCCGAAGAAAGGCAGCCUGAGCUCCUUCUUUUGGAGAUCAAAGUGCUUCUUGCCAUGGACCGUCUAAUCUGGGACGCAUACAAGGGUGAGGCAAAAGCUGGUUCUGGCGUCGAAAGAUCGUUGGAGGGCGCCGUUGCGGCUCUCGGUAAAGUUCUCGAAAGCCUGACUGGUGCCGCUGGCGAAGAUAGUCACUUGCGAGCAGAGGUCAUCACGACUCUGGCCGACACCCACAUGACCAUAGCGAGCCGGCUCAGUUUCCUCAGCACUCAGCUGCCCCCGGGCCCUUCGUCUCUUGCCCAAGAUGCCUGGUUGCAUCUGACCGAAGCAACAACCCACCUUUCCACGGCGGCCGAUUUGCCCACAGAUGGCAACACCCCCCGGACGUUCAAGCCUUCUAUCUUCCUGUCCUUGUCCAAGGCCAGUCUCGCUAGGGCGACGCUCUCAGAGGUGAAUGACGCGGCCAAAAGGAAUGUCGUGCAGCUGUUCGACAAUGCUGCUACCUACGCCGGCCGAGCAGGUGAGACGCUGGGCUGGAAGUUUGUGCGCAUCGGCCCUGCGCCCACAUCCACGGGCGGUGUGCUUUCGAUCGGUGGCUCCAGUAUCGGAAGUAGCGAUCUGCCUUACCAAGCCGGGUGGGAGUCCGAGCUGCUCGGAAGAUCUAUCACUCUGCAACAGCUUCGAGUGUGUUUCUAUGCCACUCAAACGGGGUUAAUACCGUCCGAGUCAUUGGUAAAGUACCAAGAAGGUUCCACGAAGUUGCUAGUCAAGCUGAAGGCUCUUCCGGAGGGAGAGAGGAAGAUUGGGAAAAAGGACGUGGAGAGGUGGGUCGGGGAAAUCGAGAACGAAGGGGAAUUGGGAGAAGUAGAGAAAACUUGGUGGAACGAGCUUAAGUUGGAACUACAAUCUUGA